GUCAUAUUGAGUUAUACGCACACGUUUAAGAUUUUAUUAUUUUAAUACAAACAUCAAUUUACAAUAAUACAUGAAUACAAGUAGGUGAAGUAGUAACUAAUACUACGUAGUAACUAACAAUUGAAAGCAAAACUAAUGAGGAAAUGGUCAAUUAAGUACAUCAACUUGUAUGAGAUGAAGCAAAUAGUACAUUAUAUUGUAUUUGAUCUCUCUGUUAAAUGUCCCACACCGGAAACAUUUGAAUGAACAAAGUGCUAUAUGCCUAUAUUAACACAUGGGCUACUCCUUCUAUCAGGUUGACCUUUUAGGAUGGAACCCCGUGUCUUAACAUGGUAUCAAAGCCAAAUCGAUCCAUGGUGUGGGGCCCCUUAUGAAUCGUGAUGACACGAUUAUUAAAAAAAAUGACAAUUACGACCGGAUGAAAAAAAACGAACCGAUGAAAAAAAAAAUGAAUGAUUGCACGAUCCAGACGAAGUGUCUGAUCGUGAGGAGGGGUGUUAAAUGUCCCACACCGGAAACAUUUGGAUGAACAAAGUGCUAUAUUAACACAUGGGCUACUCCUCCUAUCAGGUUGACCUUUUAGUGUUAAUUGAGUACACUUGUUAGAUUAACACGUUAAUGCAACUGAGUCGACUAAAGGAAUGUUGAGUAAGAAGGGGGACCAAGGUUAUGGUGCCGACCUUCACGAAGCUGACAAAAAAGGGGAAAUCGACCUUUGGAGGUUGAUCUGUUGGGGCGUCGGCCAGCAGGGGUGCAUCGACCAAGGAGAAGUCGGCAUGCGGGGGACUGACGUUGAUCAAGGGACGAGGGGCUGGCGUCGACCUUCAAGAAGUCGGCCUAUUAGCAUUCUGUUAGCCAACUCAACCGUAUUAACGUGUUAAUCUAACUGGUGUAUUCAAUUAACACUAAAAUCCGAAUUUGUGUACUUAAAAAGAUCAAACACAAUGUAGUGUUACUCUUAACCACAUCUCGUACAAGUUGAUGUAGAACCCUUACCUCCAAAACUAAUAGUAGUACAAAAAGUAAACCAGGUAAUCAAUCAAGUAAAAAGAAAUAUUGCAAGAAGCUUAGCUGCUUGGAAGUGAGAAAAUUAGAUGCUUGCUGCUUGCCUGAAGAAUUAGAAGACCUGAAACCUGAUUGCUUGAAGUCUGAAGUCCUGAAGACCUAAAAUUGAAGGCCGGAUAGAUAGAAGAUAAGUGAAACAGAAAUGGAGCUAGGCUGUAACAACUAACAACUAACAAGUGAAACAGCCUGAUUACUUGACUGCUCCAUAGUCGGCCAUGUCGAAACUAGGACGGUCGGUCGGUGGUCGUUUCCAGCUUCAAUUGAGAUAGUCUGCUCCUAAAUUAGACUGCUUAGCUCCAUCUCUUUGGAUUUGAUUUUCUGCAAUGGCUGCUGCUGCUUUCAUCUUUGUCUGCUCCUUCUUCUACUUCUUUGCUUCAUCAUCUCCUAUGCCUAUCCAUGGCGCCCACAGCACUGUGCCUCAGAUCACUGUCAUGGGGAUGGUUUACUGUGAUAUCUGCUCUAACAAUUCCUUCUCCCCACACAGCUACUUCAUCCCAGGUGUUGAAGUGAGAAUAGACUGCACCUUCAAAGCAAGUUCACCAAAAACAGCAGAGCAGAUAGUAUUCUCCGUGAACAGAACGACAAACAGGUUAGGAAUAUACAAGUUGGAGAUACCUACAGUGGAUGGGAUCGAGUGUGCAAGAGAGAAAGAGAUGGGAAACUUUUGCCGGGCUAGCCUUAUAGUGCAGAAAGGCCCAUCAUCAUCAUCAUCAUCAUCACCGUCAGCCGCUUGCAACCUUCCUGCAUCAACAACCACAACAGAAGAAGUGGCCAUCAAAUCCAUAACUGCCAAUACCUGCAUCUACAGCCUCAGCGCUUUGACAUUCAGACCCUCCACUAGAAAUGUUGCUCUCUGUGGGUCUUCUGCUAAUUAAGCAGCAGUGGCAGCUGGAGUCGCAUAUUUGUGUGUCCUACCUUCGAUGUAAUAAUGCCAUACUUAGUGUGUCAACAUGGUUUCAUUUCUCUCUAAAUGUACUCACACAUUAGUAGACCGGAGAAUUCAAAUUGAGAAUUAGAUUAGAGAAUUUAAAUUCGGGGAAUUUGCACCCCAAACAUGCAGAAACUUAUCUAAUCUAGAAUGACCAAAACAUUUGGUUUAACUAACAUAU